AAAUUAUCAAUCUCAAAAAUAGCAAAGGGAGGAAGUAAUUUAUAUCGAUUUGUAGUCAAAAUAUCGAAGAGUAUUUGUGCUACUUGGUUCACAAAUGAAUAUACACCUGUUUUUAAGAAGGAAAUAGAAAAGAAUAGUUUUUUAUUUUAUCAUUUUCCUUAUCUUAUCAACUUUAUAGCUAAUAUUUAUUAAGUCAUAGUAUAGAAGAGAUAAUAUAAUUGUGAAACUCAAUUUACCUGAAUUAUCAGUUAUUCUAAAAUAAAGCCAUAUUCUUAUCAUUAAAGGAAAGAGUUAGGACAAAUGUGACAGAAAUAAAUUUAUAAUCGAUGCUGAAUAAUGGCUGAAGCUGCAAAAAAUACAGUAUGCUUAGAGACUAAUAAUAUUACGCGAAUCAUAAAAAUCGUGAAUUUCAGCAAUACAAAACCCGGUGACAAAAUCAAAGACCAGGAUAUUUCACAUAAGUGCAUUUUUGUCAAACUGCUGCAAAUCAGAGUUUAUCCGGCAGGAAAAAGCCAACACAAAGGAUAUGUUUCUGUAAUGAUUAGAAGGCACUGGAUACCUGAGUAUCCCUUGAGUUUCCAUUGCACAGUCAACAUCAUCGACGAAUUCGGUGAACUCAGAUUACCAGCUUCGUUUGGGCAUCGAAGUCGAGGCGAGAGAAGCGUAGAAGAUAUCGGCCUGGAAAAAUAUAUCAGCCGAUUCGAACUUUUGAAUGACACAAGCGGACUACUGCCCAAUAAUACACUGACCUUACAUUGUGAAGUGUCGUAUACAAUCGAAUCAGCUAAGGAGCCGAUGGCUGAAAGCUUAUGGAACAUGAUAAACUUAUUGUGUGAAAUGUUUCCACAAAGAGAAGACAGGGAUGUUCCAAAUCAGGUGAAAAAAUGGACAUUUUUGAUUCAAACAAACGAAGGCGAUACCUUUCCGCUAAAAUUCGAAGAGGGCAGAAGAACUUUGGGUUCGGAAGUGCUAGAAGCGUCAAGGGUCAUCAGUGCAAUGGUGGAGACGCCGAUGACGGAAAAGAUUGAGCAGAAAGUUAUCCUUGCAGAUGUCGAUUGUGGGACAUUGAGUAAUUUCUUGAGUUAUGUCGAGAGGAAGAGACUUAUAGUCAAUACUGUAGAAGAAGCUUGUAAUCUUUAUGAAAUGGCGGACAAGUAUGCGGUUAUGAAUUUAAUGCGAGAUUGUGGGAGCUAUUUGGCACACAAUCUUAAUUCAGAUAAUAUGAUCGAAAUAUCAUUUCUGGCAGACAUACAUAAUGAUGAUACAUUGUUCCAUGAAUGCAAUAAGUGCUUGAAGCAAAAUAUCAGUAUAGAGAAUGUCCAUGAAAUAUUCAAUUUGGCAAAAAAUCGAUGUGCUCAUGAAUUGUUAACUUCAGUUGGUGAGUUUGUUAGUGAAAAUAGAAAUACUUUAUUAGAAAGAGGACAUGAAAGUAUUGUGCAUUGGUUAGAUGAAAGAGACAGAGAAGUUGAAACUGUGGUUGUAGAAGACAGAAUACUAGGCGAUGACACAGCACCAGAAUCUCUAAACAGUUUAGAACCUCCGAUUUCAGGUCAAUUUGAAUUCUAUCGAUAAUAAUGUUAUUCACUUAUACAGCAUCCUAUUUCAUAUAACAUUACUGAUUGAGAAAAAAUCCCCUUUCAAAGAUAAUGUAUAAGAAUUUCCAUUUUAGUAAUUUGUAAUUAUCACUGGGGUAUUUUAGUACAAUUUUUUAUACUUUUUUAGCAAUAACUCUGCUUUGAACUAUUGUUAAAAAUUAGUUUCUUUUUUUUUAAUGAACCAAUUAUUAAAACAGUAUUACAAACACAAUAAAUAAGACCAAUUUCUCAAUGUCUAAUUUCCAAUCGACUGAUUCUUUUUGGCUAUUCUUAAAUAAAUAAUUACCAAAAAUUAUUUGUUGCUUGGUAUUAUCUUUGGAUAAACGCUUUAACAAUCGUGCACAAC